AUGAAAGACUCAAACAGUAAAUAGAUAAAUUAAGAAAUGAUACUGAACAUCUAUUUAAGAUCAAAACUCGUAAAGCUAAUGAACAUUAAAUAGAUUCGGUUAAGGUUAUUAACUACUAUUAAUGGGUAUGAAAAUGUAAUAAGAUGUGUGAUCAAACUAAACAAUGGAGAUUAUGCAACAUCAUCUAGAUAUAAAACUAUUAAGAUUUGGAAUUAGAACAAUUUUGAAUGUUCUAAGAUCUUACACGAAUACUUGAUAAUAAAAUUGCUAGUUGUUCAGAUGAGAAGAAUAUUAAGAUCUAUACUCAAAUUACGUAAGGUCAGUCAGAUAAUAGAUUUUAAUGUUCUCUUUGGGAAUUAGGCAACACCUUAAGAGGACACGAAUCCUAUGUAGUUAGAAUUGUAUCUAAUGAUUAAUUUAAUAAUCUUAUCACUUCUUCUAACAUCCCAAAAAGUGCUCUAACAGUUUUAUAUGGACAUGAUAAUUGUUAUUAUACCAUAGCCACCGAAAAGAAUUUCAGAGUUUCAGGAGAUUAGGGGGGUUAUUAAAUAGAAUGGUCACUCAGCCAUAUGGAAAUUGAAAAUAAACAAAAGAAAUAAAAGAAACAUUUUGAUGGCAAAGUUAUCAUCUGAGAUAUUAACCUUUAAUUUAUUUAUGUUAUUGUAAAAUUUAAAGUGA